GUUAAUUUAUAUGUUCCUCCCUCCUAUGUAGCCCAGAAUGCAAUAGCUGGUAAUGGAUUGGAAAUUAGCCAUGAACUAAUCAGCUUAGAAAUCACCUCCCCAGAAGUUCCAGAUCUGACUCUGAUUGAUCUACCAGGGAUUACAAGAGUGGCUGUGGGCAACCAACCUCAAGAUAUUGGAAAGCAGAUCUUAACCUUAAUUAAGAAGUAUAUUAACAAACAACAAACCAUCUGUUUGGUAGUGGUGCCAAGUAAUGUAGAUAUUGCAACUACAGAGGCACUGAAAAUGGCUCAAGAAGUAGACAGUACAGGAGAAAGAACACUUGGAAUUCUGACCAAGCCUGACCUGGUUGACAAAGGAACAGAGGCAGAGGUAGUUGACGUAGUCCGAAAUCACAGAGUUUUCUUGAAUAAAGGAUAUAUGAUAGUUAAAUGCCGUGGGCAAAGUGACAUCAACAAAAAAAUGACCUUGGCAGCUGCAAUCCAGAAUGAAAGAGAAUUUUUUGAAGAGCAUGAUUAUUUCAGACCUCUUUUUGAAGAAGGCAAAGCUACCAUCCCGCUUCUGGCAGAAAGACUUACACAGGAGCUGAUAGAACACAUUAAUAAAUCCCUCCCCAAGUUACAAGAUUAAAUAAAGAGCAAACUUGAGAAAGCCAAUAUCCAGCUUCAGGCAUGUGGCCCAGGUGUGCCUGGGACUAUAGAAGAGCAGAUGCUUUUCCUUAUACAAAAAAUCAGGCAAUUUAACGACAGCAUUUCAAAUGCAGUGGACGGAGAAGAAGUUUUGACAAAUAAUAUAACCCCAAGAUUGUUCACAAAAGUACGGCAACUGUUUAAUGAGUGGGAUUCGACGAUUAAUCGCAGUGCACUUGAUGUCAAAGAGAUUGUGAAAGAAGAAGUGUGGGGCUUUGAAAAUAAAUAUCGUGGAAAAGAACUCCCUGGGUUUAUCAAUUACCGAACCUUUGAGGCCAUCGUAAGACAGCAAAUUAUUCAGCUAAAAUCACCAGCUAUUGAGAUGCUGAAGAAAGCAGUAGAUCGUGUGCAAACAACGUUUAUUCAAAUUGCCCACCAACACUUCAGUAAUUUUUACUUUCUUCUUAGAGCAGCUCAGAAUAAUAUUGAAGAUCUAAAAGUGAAGCAAGAGGAGGAAGCAGAAUCUAUGAUCAACACUCAGUUUAAACUGGAGCAUAUUGUAUACUGCCAGGAUGGCAUUUAUAGUGAUGAUUUAAAGAAUGUGCGAACAAAAAAUGUUUUUAUUCAGGCUUCUACUGCUGCAAAGCAGUGUUCCAUGGAAGAGAUGACGUACCACUUGAAUGCCUACUUCAAAAGUUCUGGAAACCGUCUUGGUACCCAAAUUCCUCUGAUCAUUCAGGCCUAUGUUCUCCAAGAUUAUGCUGAAAAGCUACAGAAUGCAAUGCUGCAGCUCUUGCAAAGGAAAGAUCAGUUCAGCGUUUUCCUUCGUGAGCGAAAUGAUGCAGGCAAUAGGAGGAACGCCCUGAAGGAACGGAUCAGCCGUCUCACCAAAGCUCGAGAGCGCUUAGCAAAAUUCCCCGUUUGAAGAAGAGGUGUUUCUGUGUUGCUCUCUUCAGUCAUUCCAUAGUGGUUUUUGAGUAAAUACUUUGAAAAUACAAAAUUAGGCAUAUUAAUUUAGUGCAUGUUAGAUUUUAAGAAUGUAUUUGAAACCACAUUUGUGUCUGACAAAGAGGAGGAAUUUGUGGGCCAUUUACCAUUUCCUCCCCUUUAUCCAAUGCAUUUCUUCCAGGCAGAGUAUCAAGAUAGAACCUGGGCCUACUUUCCUGAGGAAGGGCUCCAGGUGGUAUAUCCAUAAUGUUUUUACAGCAACUGAAGUCCAGCUGACGGUGGUUAGCUUACGGGUGAGCUCUGUACUUCUUCUGCUGUAGUAGCUC